UGCAGGCCAACCACGAUGACUCUGCCUACAUGUGAGGGAAUGGUAAUAAAAAAAGGCUGCGACUGCAUGCCUAAUGCCCUCUUCUGCUUCUGGGAUGCUACACGCGCUUUCCAAAAUGAAUUUGCACAUUGCACCUGGAAAGAUUUCCAGGGUUCUGGUAUGAUUAAAGCUGGCUUUGCAGGUGAUCAGAUACCCAAGUAUUGUUUUCCAAACUAUGUGGGCAGGCCAAAGCAUGUCCGUGUUAUGGCUGGAGCUUUGGAAGGUGACAUCUUCAUUGGACCAAAAGCAGAGGAACACAGAGGUCUUCUUUCCAUUCGCUACCCUAUGGAGCAUGGCAUCGUAAAGGAUUGGAAUGACAUGGAACGCAUUUGGCAGUAUGUGUACUCCAAAGACCAGCUCCAGACCUUUUCUGAAGAGCAUCCUGUUCUCCUGACAGAGGCUCCGCUGAAUCCACGUAAGAACCGUGAACGGGCAGCUGAAGUUUUCUUUGAAACUUUUAAUGUGCCAGCCUUAUUCAUCUCAAUGCAAGCUGUGCUUAGCCUUUAUGCGACAGGGCGAACCACAGGAGUAGUCUUGGACUCUGGAGAUGGGGUCACACAUGCAGUUCCUAUUUAUGAGGGGUUUGCCAUGCCCCACUCCAUCAUGCGAAUUGACAUUGCUGGCCGCGACAUAUCCCGUUUUCUUCGUCUCUAUCUCCGAAAGGAAGGUUAUGAUUUCCAUACAUCAUCUGAGUUCGAGAUUGUCAAAACUAUAAAAGAGCGGGCUUGUUAUCUGUCAAUAAAUCCACAGAAAGAUGAGACAUUAGAGACUGAAAAAGCUCAGUAUUACCUUCCAGAUGGAAGCACCAUUGAGAUUGGCCCAGCCCGAUUCCGGGCCCCUGAAUUGCUGUUCCGGCCAGACUUGAUUGGGGAGGAAUGUGAAGGGCUGCAUGAAGUACUGGUUUUUGCAAUUCAGAAGUCUGAUAUGGACUUGAGACGAACACUCUUCUCCAAUAUUGUUCUUUCUGGAGGCUCAACAUUAUUCAAAGGUUUUGGUGAUAGGCUGCUGAGUGAAGUGAAGAAACUGGCCCCCAAAGAUGUCAAAAUCAGGAUAUCUGCUCCUCAAGAGAGAUUAUAUUCUACAUGGAUUGGAGGCUCCAUCUUGGCUUCGCUGGACACAUUUAAGAAAAUGUGGGUUUCUAAGAAAGAAUAUGAGGAAGACAGUUCCCGGGCCAUCCACCGAAAAACCUUCUAGCCUGGGAGUGUUCUGGGGUCUCCUUGGAGAUGUGUUCUUCUUCUCAACUCAUUUUUCUGAGUCUGAGUGUCUGAGGAGCUCCCCGUUUAUGUGUAUGUGUAUGAGUAGAUGAGUGCCAGCAUACCUGGGCCUUCCCAAAACAAAAGGGAAUGCCAGGGUUUGGACUUGGCUGGUGAUUGGUCUUGUGGGAGGCAGGUGAAAAAUGGGAAGGAACCUGCUGGAAAGAUCUGUUCCUUUUUCUGUUGGCUUGAGAACCUCUGGGAGUACAUUUGGGUCACUGUCAUAUGGCUUUGAAACCAAGCAGCUGAAAUGAGUGUGUGAUAAACCAGUCAGUAUUUGGAUUCCAAAGGAGAUGGUCUAAGAAUAUGGGUCAGAUGGAAGAUCUAUUGUGGAAACUCUUGAGUACAGAACAUGACUGUUGGCCAGUUUCUUCUCAGUUGCUCAGUGCAUUUUGUUUUGUUAUUUAAGAUGGCCAAUUCAUAGCUUCCCUACAUAGUUUUAAAAAAUAACACAUGAAAGAGAAUAAGCACAUUUUGAGCUGUUACAAACCCAUUUACUGUUGCUUGUAUGUGUGUAGAUUCUUAGGCUGAUGUGUGAGAAUUUGGACCUUGACAGGACAGUUAGAAUUUUUAAUUUUAGAAACUAGUUUGUAAUGCAUGGUGUAGAACAGAAAUGUCCUUCCUUUGUUCUAUUCUAGACUGUCCUUGUCUUGGUAUCUUGUACUGAGAGAGUCAGUUUUCGUUGAGUCAAGUGCCCAGGGAGACUCCAAAGAGUGUUAAUGUCCCAUUCUUUUCUCCCUUUGUCUGCCCUUGCCCCCAUCCCCAAUCUCCUGCAUCUUCUAAAGGAUUACAAUAUGAAUUCUUUCUGAAUGGUGAAGGCUUAACACCUACAUCACAAACCCUGUCCCAACAAGCUUUUCAGUCAUGCUUGCCAGGAAGUGGUGUAAUUGUUUUUAAGGUUAUAUUAUUUAUUUGGGGGGUAAUUAGGACCCAGGGUUAGUUCUUCCUUUCCCACCUCACUCUUUGGCCUACUACACUACAUUUCUAAUUCUUUAACACUAGCACUGACAUUUUAACAACAUUCUUAUUUUGUACUGUUGGGUCAGCCCUGCAGUAACCCCAGCUCCUUGGAGUGGCUGUUUCAAUGAAAGCACCCCAUGGGGGAACAAUAAACGGUGUUGGGAUACUUCAAAAGUUGAGACGUGACCUCCAGAGGGGAGGUAAUCAUUCCAAGAUUUUGUUAAUCCUUUUUGACUGCUUCGCACUGUUACUGAAAGGGGAAAAAAAUCUAGCUUGAACUGAGUUUGGUUUUUUGUUUUUGUUUUCUUGUCUUUUUUAAUACAUUCUGGUGCUUCUUGUUGUUAAAUUAUUUUUAACUGCUGCUGAGGACCAAAUAUU